AUGGCGAACCCGGUGAUUGAUUCUGAGCCAGGACCAAGUAUAACUCCUGCCAUGGCUUCAGGAAGUUUCCGCGACAAGCUCAUGAACAAGCUAAACCUAGUUAAAAAUUGCGCUAUUGAGGUGGAUUCGCUGGCUACCGAUUAUGUUGAGCUCAAUGAUGAUGAGGAUGUGGUCAUUUCGCGUGGGGGCAGAGGACCAAGCAUUCAAUUCUCUGAGCGAGCAAUGAACCGACUCUGCCAACCGUGGAAGAAUGCUCUGAUAUUGAAAUUCUUGGGUCGAUCCCACACCUACAACUAUAUUCACGAUCGUCUGCAGCAAAAGUGGUGCCUAAAAGGGGGUUGGAAACUUAUUGACCUUGUGAAUGAUUAUUUUGUGGCCAAGUUUGAUUUGGAAGAGGAUAUGAACCAUGUGCUUACAGAAGGGCCUUGGGUUAUCAGUGGGCAGUACCUAACUCUUCAAAAAUGGCGACCUGGCUUCUGCCCAACCACUGCACACAUCUCCCGUAUGGCAGUAUGGAUCAGAGUCUCUGCCAUUCAAUUAGAGUGCUUUGAUGUCUGGGCUCUCAAAAGAAUUGGGAACUUAUUAGGAAAAUUGCUGAAGAUUGAUGCUUUUACUACCAGCCAAAACAGAGGUAAAUUUGCUAGACUCUGUAUUGAAAUUGAUUUAACUAAACCUUUGGAUGCCUUUGUCCAGAUAAAUCAAGUAUGGUAUAAUAUUGAGUAUGAAGGGCUACCGGACAUUUGUUACCUCUGUGGACUAUAUGGGCAUAAGCGUGAAAACUGUAGACAGAGAGAGAAACCUCCUGCCAAGGUCACUGAGGACCUACAGGCUGGGAAAAGUCCAAACCAAAUGGAACCAGAUACUAAUAUGGAACAUGUGAAUGCUGAGAAGGUGGUUGAUAACUUAAGGGGACCUUGGAUGAUUGUCCCACCUAGAAGGAAACCUAAGAAUGGCAACAAAGGAGUGGGGGAACAGAGCAAUGGCUUAAAUUACCAUGGUUCCCGUUUUGAGGCGCUCAGGCAGAAUGGAGAGGAAACUGGUGCAGAUAUUAUUGAAGAGUUUGUCGCUACUACCACUGCACCUAAGGUUAUUGGGGUGAAUACUUCUGACUCUGGGAAGAAGGUGUGGACUAAGUCAAAGGCUCCGAAAUGGGGGACUAGGACUGCUUUAGAAGAUACUACAAAUCAGAGCAGGGACUCUCGCUCUAAAGGGGAAAAUGCUAAUCAACGAACAAUGAAAACCAAGAAGGCUGCUCAAGCUGGGACAUCGACUAUUGGGAUGAAUGGCGAUAAAUGGCAGAUUCAACUAGACUCGGGGAUCGAUCGAAUGGCUUCUUGGGUGAAGGACAAACCAUUGGGUGGUUUUAUUUUUGGCCAUCAGCCCCCAACCAUAGACCCUGGAGAUAAAAUACAAGCAGAGGAGUGUGAGGCUCAUAAGGGUGAUGAUCCUUUGGUCUCUAAUGCUGCUAAUGGCCUGUGUCAAGUGGAAGGAAUGGACAUUUCCGAAGGUCAGAUCCUAUCAAUUGGGGAGGUCAGAGAAAACCAUACUUCCAGCCAGCUGGAAGGUGCUGCGAGCACCAAAUUCAAAGUUAAUCUGAUUGAGAUAAUUAAGCUGCAUCGUAUCGAUCUCUUGUUUAUUUGUGAACCUAGGAUUGGUGGGAACAAGGCUCUUAAAAUCAUUAAAUCCUUAGGCUUUACUGAUUAUGAGGUGGUAAACCCUGUUGGUUUCUCUGGGGGUUUAUGGCUGUUGUGGAAUGCUAGUAAAAUUAAAGUUGAGAUUCUUGGCACAUCGGACCAAACCAUUACUGCUUCUGUGUCUGGUCCUGGUAACAUUUCUUGGCUUUUCUCUGCUAUCUAUGCUAGCCCUUGUGGUGCCAAAAGGGAAAAACUGUGGGAUUAUUUAAAUUUUGUUGCUAGCUGCCAUCGAAUGCCUUGGCUUAUUGCUGGUGAUUUCAAUGACAUGCUCCAGCUUGAUGAUAAAGUUGGGGGAACCCCCCUUAGUAGACUAAAAGGCUUUAAAAAAUGGUUUGAUGAGAACGACAUGAUUGACUUAGGCUACUCUGGGACUAAAUAUACUUGGAGCAACAAAAGAAUUUUUGAAAGACUUGAUAGAGCUAUCUGUAACACUCAAUGGCGCCAUUACUUUGCUGAUGCUUUUGUCCAACAUCUUCCAAGAACUAAUUCGGACCAUUGCCCUAUCAAAAUCUGCCUCAAGUCUCGCCUUAAUUCCUGUCCUAACAGGAGACCGUUCAGAUUUGAAGCGAUGUGGUUGAAACAUGUCCAUUUCCAAGAUUUUAUUACUCUUCAGUGGGAAAAUGGGACUGGCACUGUUCUAGAAAAAUCCAGCAUAUUGGUGGAACCUCUGAAGCAGUGGAAUUUGACUACUUUUGGUCAUUUAAAUCAAAGGAAAGCUAAACUUUUAGCUAGAAUUAAUGGCAUUCAAAGGGUGAUCUGUCAUACGCCUAAUAACUUCCUCAGUUUUAUGGAGGAGGACCUCAUGGAAGAGUAUAAUUCUAUUUUGGAGCAAGAGGCCCUCUUCUGGCAGCAAAAAUCAAGAGUGAUGUGGCUUCAAGAAGGGGAUCGUAAUACUAAAUUCUUCCAUCUUACUACUAUUAUUAGAAGGAGAAGAAAUAGAAUUGAAAAACUUCAAAAUGAUAGUGGUGAGUGGGUGGAGAACUCUAAUGGCCUCAAAGAGCUGGCGGUGAAUUAUUUCCUUGAUCUCUUCUCUUUGCCUCAAAGGGAUUACAACAGCUCCCCCAUCCCUAAUUUGUUUCCUCAAAUCAUGGCAACUGACUUGACCUCCCUGAUAGCUAAUGUUAGUAUUAGUGAAGUCAAGAAUAGCUUAUUCAAUAUUGGUGGUCUGAAAACCCCAGGUGUGGAUGGGUUUCCAGCGUGUUUCUAUCAAAACCAAUGGAAUUUAUGUGGUAUUGAGAUUUAUGAAAUG